AGCCCGCUGGGCCGGAGGAGGCGGAGCUGGCGCUGUCCCGGCUGUCUUGCGGGGAAGCAACUGAGGGGGCGGCGCGGCGGGCCCCGGCGGCCGAAGAGGCUGGCAGGUGGCGCCGUGGGGUGGGUGCUCCUGGUGAGAGGAGUCCACUCCAUGCGUGCGGGCGGAGGCCGGCCCCCGAGAGCCGCCGACAUGAAGAAAGACGUGCGGAUCCUGCUGGUGGGAGAACGCCCAUAAAAAGCCUCCCGGACUCUGCCAGACCAGAAGAGAGAUGACGGCAUGACCUGCCUACAGGGAGGAACUACCCUCUCUGCUGAGAGCUGAAGGGGUGACAGGAUGAUCUGCCUGCAGAGAGGAGCUACCCUCUCUCCUGAGAACUGAAGAGACGUUGGGAUGACCUGCCUGCAGAGAGGAACUACCCUCUCUGCUGAGAGCUGAACAUUCUUCGGGACAGCCUGCCAAGCAGAGAGGAGCUAUCCUCUCUGCUGAGAACUGAACAUUUGUUGGGACACCCUGGCUACAGAGAGGAGCUAGAGUUGGGAAGACAUCACUGAUUAUGUCUCUGGUCAGUGAAGAAUUUCCAGAAGAGGUUCCUCCCCGGGCAGAAGAAAUCACCAUUCCAGCUGAUGUCACCCCAGAGAGAGUUCCAACACACAUUGUAGAUUACUCAGAAGCAGAGCAGAGUGAUGAACAACUUCAUCAAGAAAUAUCUCAGGCUAAUGUCAUCUGUAUAGUGUAUGCGGUUAACAACAAGCAUUCUAUUGAUAAAGUAACAAGUCGAUGGAUUCCUCUCAUAAAUGAAAGAACAGACAAAGACAGCAGGCUGCCUUUAAUAUUGGUUGGGAACAAAUCUGAUCUGGUGGAAUAUAGUAGUAUGGAGACCAUCCUUCCUAUUAUGAACCAGUAUACAGAAAUAGAAACCUGUGUGGAGUGUUCAGCGAAAAACCUGAAGAACAUAUCAGAGCUCUUUUAUUACGCGCAGAAAGCUGUUCUUCAUCCUACAGGGCCCCUGUACUGCCCAGAGGAGAAGGAGAUGAAACCAGCUUGUAUAAAAGCCCUUACUCGUAUAUUUAAAAUAUCUGAUCAAGAUAAUGAUGGUACUCUCAAUGAUGCUGAACUCAACUUCUUUCAGAGGAUUUGUUUCAACACUCCAUUAGCUCCUCAAGCUCUGGAGGAUGUCAAGAAUGUAGUCAGAAAACAUAUAAGUGAUGGUGUGGCUGACAGUGGGUUGACCCUGAAAGGUUUUCUCUUUUUACACACACUUUUUAUCCAGAGAGGGAGACACGAAACUACUUGGACUGUGCUUCGACGAUUUGGUUAUGAUGAUGACCUGGAUUUGACACCUGAAUAUUUGUUCCCCCUGCUGAAAAUACCUCCUGAUUGCACUACUGAAUUAAAUCAUCAUGCAUAUUUGUUUCUCCAAAGCACCUUUGACAAGCAUGAUUUGGAUAGAGACUGUGCUUUGUCACCUGAUGAGCUUAAAGAUUUAUUUAAAGUUUUCCCUUACAUACCUUGGGGGCCAGAUGUGAAUAACACAGUUUGUACCAAUGAAAGAGGCUGGAUAACCUACCAGGGAUUCCUUUCCCAGUGGACGCUCACGACUUAUUUAGAUGUACAGCGGUGCCUGGAGUAUUUGGGCUAUCUAGGCUAUUCAAUAUUGACUGAGCAAGAGUCUCAAGCUUCAGCUAUUACAGUGACAAGAGAUAAAAAGAUAGACCUGCAGAAAAAACAAACUCAAAGAAAUGUGUUCAGAUGUAAUGUAAUUGGAGUGAAAAACUGUGGGAAAAGUGGAGUUCUUCAGGCUCUUCUUGGAAGAAACUUAAUGAGGCAGAAGAAAAUUCGUGAAGAUCAUAAAUCCUACUAUGCGAUUAACACUGUUUAUGUAUAUGGACAAGAGAAAUACUUGUUGUUGCAUGAUAUCUCAGAAUCGGAAUUUCUAACUGAAGCUGAGAUCAUUUGUGAUGUUGUGUGCCUGGUAUAUGAUGUCAGCAAUCCCAAAUCCUUUGAAUACUGUGCCAGGAUUUUUAAGCAACACUUUAUGGACAGCAGAAUACCUUGCUUAAUCGUAGCUGCAAAGUCAGACCUGCAUGAAGUUAAACAAGAAUACAGUAUUUCACCUACUGAUUUCUGCAGGAAACACAAAAUGCCUCCACCACAAGCCUUCACUUGCAAUACUGCUGAUGCCCCCAGUAAGGAUAUCUUUGUUAAACUGACAACAAUGGCCAUGUAUCCAGAGGAUCAUUACAGAGACAGACUCUCCCGAGACAUGGGCCACACUGAUAGAAUAGAGAAUUUGAGAAAAAUCUGGGUCUUUCUAAAAACUGCUUUCCAUGCCCGGUUACGCUGUAUGUGCACCUGCAACAGGUGUACAUUUUGCAUCUGUCAGAACUUCCUCAACUCAGACUUGCUGCAAUCUGUAAAGAACAAAAUCUUCACUGCAGUUCUUAACAGGUUAAGAGCCCGGGUAGCUGAGUGGGGUGCCAUGCUGUUAGCAGACGACGAAGGCAGUAUUACUCACCAGGUGCAUGCUGUCAGCUCUGUAGAAGAUUCCAUCUUCAUGGAGUCAUCUCAUGGUCCACUUUUUCUUGAAGCCAGGCACGUGACACAAGCUGACCUCAAGAGCUCCACGUUUUGGCUUCGAGCAAGUUUUGGUGCUACUGUUUUUGCAGUUUUGGGCUUUGCUAUGUACAAAGCAUUAUUGAAACAGCGAUGAUAUAAAAAGAAAUACUGUCCCUACCAAAAACAAAUACUUUUAUGUACAUUCUGAAUGCUUUAAGUUCUGCUAGAAUUAUUGAGAUAUUUAUACAUGCAGAGUUACUUUAUUAAUAUUUGUAAUUCAUGCAUAAGAGUAUUUUAAUGAUAGUUAUAACUGCAGUAUUGGCUAGCAUAUGGAAAGAAAACAGCUAACAGCCAAACUAAAAUGGCUAAAUUCCAGAGGCCAAAAGGGAAUAUUUUGUAAAUAUAUGUACAUAUUCAGGCAAGAUAUGGUCUCCCAAGCUGAGUUCUAGAAAUGAUGUUUCUAGACAUUUCUAAAUGGUAUUGUUAGUGCUCACUUGGCUCACUCUUCUAGGUUUAAGUUAGCCCAGAGAUUGUAUUUACUCAUGGAUCACUUUAUUUAUUUCACAUUUACUCAGAAUGAUCCUUUGGGUUCUAUAAGGACAUAAGGUACAAUUUGCCAUUGUCUCUCCGUUUUUAAAAACAUACAAGUCAGUGUCAGCUUACCAACAUGACAUUUUUUCAGUCAGUUGUGGUAGGCCAGCCUUGAAGCCAUCGCACAGUCUAGAAACUUGUGUAGCUGAGUGUGCAGCUCACCUUUAAGGGUGAAGUGAGGUAAAAGCAAUUAGCAGAGGCGUUAUCUAUGUGAUUAUGUUGCUUCCUUGUCAGUAUGUUGAAUUUUAUAGCCCUUUCAAUGAAAUAAAAAAAAAAUUUGUAUAUUACCAAUGUUUUUAGUUUAAAUAAAGAGUCACCCUUACUACUGUUGAAUUUCAUCCCAAGUGUAAAUCAUUCUAUAAUGGCUGUGUCUGUUAUAGUAUAUUACAGUAACUGCAUGUGUCACCAAGUGUUCUAUAUCAGGCUAGGAUAACCUAGAGGCAGUAAUUUUUUAAAUGAUAAAAUCUAAUGAAUAUAAACUCUCAUGAUAAACCUAUUUUUUCCAUCAUCAGCCUUUUCAAGUAUUUAAAUAAAUAACUGCUGUGUACUGUGA